AUGCCGGACCAUGUAUUUCUUCGACAUGUGGUGAACGGCAUCGUUUUGGAAGAUGCCCCCACAGAGGAGCCAAGGGAUGGGGAACUGGACGAGGAGGAGGAGCUGAUGCGAGAAGGAUUGGCGGAGGUUGCUGCAGCUGCUGCCGCUUUGCCGGAUGCAGAAGAAGACCCUCUGCAGAUAAAGGCACCAAAUGGCAAUGCAGCUGCUGCUGCGCAGCAGGCGAAAGCUGCUGGGGUGGACGUCUUCUUGAACUUUUCCGGCUUCGUAGCCAAGAAGGCUGUGGAGCUGCCUGAGCAAAGUGGACCACCUGCGAAAAAGCUGAAAUUGGUGCCUCCGUGGCUGACGGAAGGUGCUGCCGUGCGGGUCCGUGGAGAGGAACUCCCCGGAGCGAUUCUGGAAGUCAAAGGUGACACCUGCCGGGUGCAGCUUGAACGUGCAGGAGACAAGGGGACGACCCUUGUGGAAGAAGAGCUUCCCCUUUCUGCGCUUGUUCCCGUCGCACCUGAAAUCGGCUUGUGCGUCAAGGUGGUGAGUGGUGACAGGAUUGGCUGUACAGGCAAACUGGUUGGGCUGGCGGGUGCAGAAGCUGUUGUGCAGAUUGGAGGAAUGUGCUAUGAAACACUUCCCAUGGGCCAGAUUGCAGUGGUGGCCUCGUGA